AGGAAGUGUUCUAUUGAGCAAGUGUUUGAAUCCACAUCCACAGACUUAUUAGUUUAAUUCUGUUUACAGAAUGGUUGAUUUUUGGAGUGAGGCGAUCGCGCUAGGUAUCGAUGGUUUGAUUUUUGGAAUAUGCUGCAAAGUCUACUUACGAAAUAAAAAUGCUUUACGAGCUGUAGAGCAAGCUCCAGUCUACGAUGUUUCUUCGAAACUGGAGGACAUUUUGGAUCAACAGGCCGAUAAAAAGUUUCCAUAUGUAGUCGUAAGAGGAAAGGUGAAGGCAAUUGGUCCUCCAAUCAGGUCUCAGAAUUCUCCAGAGGUUUAUGGUGUCGUUCAGAAAGUGAGUCUGAAGGAGCACCUGACAGCAAGAAACUCAGCAGGAUUUUGGUCGGACCGAGAGCAGACCAUCCAGGAAAACUACAAAUGCACGCCGUUCGAGCUGGAGUCCAUAUCAACGGCGGACUGGGGGAGCGUGGAAGUGGUGGAGCCGCUGGAGGCAAACAUCCUGGACUUGGACACGAUCGUGGACCGCUUCGAGCCGACCAACAACACGUUCAUCAAGGACCUGGCGUCUUUCUUCGUGGGGGUGCACCAGCGGGGGCUGGAGAACAAGGAGGAGAUGCUGCAGGUGGGCACGAUCCUCACAGGCAUCGGCGAGCUGGGUCGGCUGGGCGCCGACUCCCGGCUCAGCCUCAUGCCGCCCCGCGACGGCAGGCCCUACUACCUCACCACCAUGCCCGUCACGUCGCUCGUGCGCUCCCUGGACGACCAGAUGCGCACCUACAGGGUGCUGAUGGUGGUGUUCGGAGUGGCUGGGGCAGUGAUCCUGAGCCUGCUGCUGCGGCGCUGGUGGCGUGAGCGUGCCAAGCACCGCAGCGAGGCAGCUCAGCGCAAGGAGCGGCGGAGGGGGGCACGCAGCACCGAGGGGCUGACCGAGUCGCAGCUGUGCGUCGUGUGCUGUGCCAACCCACGCGAGACCAUCCUGGUGCCGUGCGGCCACGUUUGCAUCUGCGAGGACUGCAGCGAGAGCAUCGUGGAUGCCUGCCCCGUGUGCCGCACCGCCAUCGAGAGCAAGAUGCAUGCCUACAUCGUAUGAACCAGCAGUUUCUCUCUCUUGAGCCGAGUUGCCAUCUUCCUGGCGGAGAUCCAACCAUUAAGUGCAAAAGUCUUUGGUUUUUAAUUGAACUCUGUGUGUGUGUGUGUGUGUGUGUGUGUGUGUGUGUGUGUGUGUGUGUGUAUAUAUAUAUAUAUAUAUUAAAUUAAAAGUAUAUAAAAACAAGUGUGUACAUUUGUACCUGUAAUAUAUUUUGUUCCAGUUUGUUGAAUUUCCAGAAUGUAUAAAUAUAAACGUCCAGUCAGUUGAUUCGCAAAUGAAAAAAAAAAAAGUGUAAACAUAGUAUAUGGUCAGUGUUUCUGAAAAAUCUGAAACAAACAUGGUAUUUAAGCUGAUUAUACACUUUGACAGGAUGCUGCUAUUGUUUCAUUCCAGAAAAUAAGAAUUACUAAUCUGUAGAAAACGCCAGUUAACAGUUAAGUGGUUUGAUAGCAUUUCUUUCUGCUGCAACUGACUACUUGUAGUAGGGUUUUUGUGCUGCAUGAAGAAAGUUCUAAAUUUUUUACUGAAAAUUAUUUCCAGAAAACACUAGUUUUGGUAUUAAAUAAACUGGUUCUUCCAUGUGAA